UGCUGAGGCUCCGUAAGCAAAAAAAUGUCCGCCUGAGGGAAACCCACAAGUUCCUUCCAGCGGGGGGGGAGCGCCCGGCUCGUCGCCUCCCACCCACCGCGGCCCGCCCGCCGGCCCGGCCUUGAUCGCGGAGCGCGCGGGGGCAGCAGGACGCGAGCGGAGCGCGGGACGAUGAACGCGCAGCAGCAGAGGAUGGCGGCGAUCGGCACCGACAAGGAGCUCAGCGACCUGCUGGACUUCAGCGCGAUGUUUUCCCCACCUGUUAACAGUGGGAAGACCAGGCCAACCACGCUGGGCAGUAGCCAGUUCGGAGGAUCAGGUAUGGAUGAGCGAACAGGUGCUGCGUCCUGGGGAACAAGUGGUCAGCCAAGUCCUUCCUAUGAGUCUUCAAGGGAGAAUGGCAGUCUUCAUGGAAAAAGCUCAGACCUCUCCACAGACAUAGAAAAGUUGAAACCGCAAGAGGGUUUUGCAGACAGUCCUCAUUACAGUGAUCACUUGAAUGACAGUCGAUUAGGGCCCCAUGAAGGAUUGUCCCCGACACCUUUCAUGAACUCAAAUCUGAUGGGAAAAGCCUCAGAUAGAGGUCCAUUUCCAUUGUAUGGUAGAGAUACAGGAUUGCCAGGCUGUCAAACUAGCCUGCUCCGGUCAGAUAUGGGACUUGGAAGUCCAGGUCAGCUGUCAUCCUCGGGGAAACCUGGCACAACCUACUACCCAUUUUCCGGCACAAAUCAGCGCCGAAGACCACUUCAUGACUCGCCAGCUCUUGAUCCCCUACAGACAAAGAAAGUAAGAAAGGUGCCCCCUGGUUUGCCUUCUUCUGUGUAUGCACCAUCUCCGAGUUCUGAUGAAUUCAACAGAGAAUCUCCAAGUUACCCGUCUCCUAAGCCACCAAGCAGUAUGUUUGCUAGCACUUUCUUUAUGCAAGAUGGGACCCAUAACUCUUCUGACCUCUGGAGUUCAUCCAAUGGCAUGAGCCAGCCUGGCUACGGUGGAAUGCUGGGAGGCUCCUCUUCCCACAUGUCGCAGUCUGGCAGUUACGGCAGCCUGCACGCACACGACCGUUUGAGCUAUCCCCCGCAUUCAGUCUCACCUACGGAUAUAAAUGCCAGUCUUCCUCCAAUGUCUAGCUUCCAUCGUGGCAGUACCAGCAGUUCACCUUACGUAGCUGCCUCACACACUCCACCUGUCAAUGGAUCAGACAAUAUUCUGGGAAACAGAGGAAAUGGUGCUGGAGGCUCACAGACAGGCGAUGCGCUUGGGAAGGCAUUGGCAUCUAUUUAUUCUCCUGAUCAUACCAGCAGUAGUUUUCCAUCAAAUCCAUCAACACCAGUUGGAUCACCAUCGCCACUUACAGGUGCCAGUCAGUGGUCUAGGAGCGGAGGACAAGCCCCCUCAUCUCCAAACUAUGAAAACUCUCUACACUCCUUGAAAAAUCGAGUUGAGCAGCAACUUCACGAGCAUUUGCAAGAUGCAAUGUCCUUCUUAAAGGAUGUCUGUGAGCAGUCUCGUAUGGAGGAUCGCUUGGACAGACUCGAUGAUGCCAUCCACGUACUACGAAAUCAUGCUGUGGGGCCUUCAACAAGCCUAUCAGGUGGCCAUGGAGACAUACAUAGUUUAUUGGGACCAUCCCAUAACGGGCCAAUUGGAAGCCUGAACUCAAGUUAUGGAGCGUCUAGCCUUGUAACAGCCAACAGACAAGCGUCAAUGGUUGGGGCUCAUCGGGAGGAAAGCGUCAGCCUCAACAGCAACCACGCAGUUCUUCCCAGUACAGUUUCUGCUCAGAGCACAGAACUAAAUCACAAAACACAAGAGAGCUACCGAGCACUGUCAGGUGGCUUGCAGAGCCAGUCUGUGGCUAUAGGUCCAACAGAAAUCAAGUCUGAGCAUAAGGAGAAGGAUGAAAAUAUACAUGAGCCUCCCUCAUCGGAUGACAUGAAAUCAGAUGAUGAGUCCUCCCAAAAGGAUAUCAAGGUUUCAUCUAGAGGAAGAACAAGCAGUACUAAUGAAGAUGAGGAUUUAAACCCAGAGCAGAAAAUAGAAAGAGAAAAGGAGAGAAGAAUGGCAAAUAAUGCCAGAGAGCGUUUGCGUGUACGAGACAUUAACGAGGCGUUUAAAGAACUUGGCCGGAUGUGUCAGCUGCAUCUGAAGAGUGAGAAACCACAGACAAAACUGCUGAUUCUUCACCAGGCUGUGGCAGUCAUCCUCAGUCUGGAGCAGCAAGUGAGAGAACGAAACCUAAACCCUAAAGCAGCCUGCCUUAAGAGAAGGGAAGAAGAAAAAGUUUCUGCCGUAUCGGCAGAGCCGCCAACACCACACCCAGGAAGCCACCCUGGCCUGAGUGAAACUACCAACCCUAUGGGUCAUAUGUGAACACCAGCCAGAAUUAUUGGUAGGAUACACAGAAGGUGACCUUUCUUCACAAGGACACAGACAACUAACAUUAUAUGAAGACACAAACCUGACAGGAGAAAACACUUGAAGCAAGAAACCCAAAUGCAAUCUUAUGAUCAAAGCUACUGGUCAACACCUGCAUCAGGAUUGAAGAUAGAGGAUCUUCAGAUAGAAUUUCAGCCCGUGAAAUACUCUGAACAUAUCAUUCUGUUGCAAGCAGUGUGUCGCUUCUGCACAAUCAGAGACUGUUGUGAUCUCUCCACUCAUUGUGGAAGUUGCCUUGUGCCUAAACUGAAUUGACAAAUGCAUUGUAACUACAAAUUUUAUUUAUUGUUAUGGAACUGUAAAGGUCUACAUAUAAAGGGAAAAGUUAACAUGUUAAAAGCUGAUACAAUUUCAGCUGGAUGCCAGCAUUUAUUAAAGCUGUUCACAUUCAGAGAACAAAGCAGUGACAACCGUCGACCCGUAGCAUUCCCAGCAUACCUAUUAGUGUCUUAAAAAAGGAAGGGAAAAGUCUUUUGUUGUCCUUUCCUCUCCUUUUGCCAUAUGACUAGUGUUUUCCACGCAAUAGGAAAGUAUUCCUUGGUAUAGCUUUUUUUAUGUUAUUUUUGGUCUCUGGUAAUCUGAACAGUUAUGGUCAUAGUUACCCUUCCAUACUGAGCUCCGUGUUUCAGGCCGGUGAGGGGCCUCCUGAGCAGGCUCCACAGGAGCAGUGCUGUGACCAUAACAUUUCGUAGACUUAAAAAUUGAUUUUUAUUUUCCCUCAGACUUUCCUCAAAUGUUUUUUUUUCUAAUUAUAAACAAAACCUUUUUAGGCUUCUAGGCUUCAUAGUAAAGCUUGUAACGUGAAGUGUAAAUUGGGUGGGGAGAAUCUACUUUGUUAGAGUUGCUUUGUUUUCCGAGCAGUAAGUACUACAUAUAGUACAUGUAAAGUGUUAGCUGUACGUAAGCACAAAAUGCAUUAAAAUACAAAGGAGAUUUUUUUCAGGCUGUAUUUUUGGUGAAUGGUAAAAUCCUCAAUUCACCGUGGCAGGUAGUGUGAUGACAUAGCCACCAGUAAGGUGGGCUUAUUUACCUAGUGGAAUAUAAGAGCAAUGGUCACCAGUUUUUCCUUACUGUGUACAUCAGUUAUCUUGUCAUUUUUGUAUGGCUUGUCAGUGGAGAAAAAUCAGUGUGAAUCAAAUGCAAACAAAUGACCCCUCCCAAGCCAUAUUAACAUUAAACCAUUAAAUGUUUCUCCACCAGAACAGUGUCCAUAAGUAUUCCUUUGUCACAAAUGUGUUGAAAUGGUUAAAAUCCCUUUGAACUUCCAUGGAAACUGUCUUCCACUGCAAUGACCAUGGGAGGAAACUUCCUAAGCCAAGGUUGUCUGAGCUAUUGUUUAUAUAGUGCAUCUUUCAUUACUGGUAAUUGGUUCACCGUACAAAACAGGAACAAAGCAGUACUUUUUCUGGAGUCGUUUAAUUUGAAAGAACAAAAGCUGGAUUGUUAAAAUAAACUAAUGAAUUUAAGCUCACGUUUUCAAUGGUUCCUAACAGAACAGUUUGUGAAAAUAGUGGAUUCAUUUCUGUUACUUUAAUUUGCAUAUACCAUCAGAUAACACCUGAUUAUAUCUGUGGCCUUGUUCUUCAUUUCAGUGUUUAUUGGCUAAACAAAUUUGUUGCUUAUGACGUGUGAAAGUGAUCACGUACCACUGCCUGGCCUUUUUCCUUCUAAGCUUGUUGUCUUUUUGGCUAUAUUAGACUUUGCAGUAUGCCCAGAAGCUUUCCUUCAUAAAAUAGAAAGAAAAAAACAUUUGGCUUAUUUUUCACUGUAGCUAGUCUUUUAUACAAUAAUCUUGUAAGAAAAUUUCUUGAAUUCUAAAUAUUACUCUUUCUAGAUUUUUGAAAUCGAAAAAGUUUUCAGUAAAAAGUUUCUUACUUUAUUUUACUAUAUUAGGUAGUAAAAAUGUAGGGUUAUUUACCAUAACCUGUUCAUUAAUAUCAGAAAUUUACAAUAGCAUUGUAAGACCAUAGUAGGGUUCUAGCAUACCGUGUAGUACCUAUGGAGUAUUGUAAGAGCUAAUUGUCCGAGAUGAAUUGCUUCUCAUCUUGUUCUCCAGUUUCCAUUGUUGGUUUAUUGCAGAUUUGUACCCUGUGUCAAAUUUCAAGGUAUUGCUGAUAAACCUUUCCAACCAGCAGCGAGAAGUUCAAAAACUUUCUGUCAAUGUAACAGAAAACACUAUGUAUAUAACAUUUAUGUAGCAAUAAAUGUGCCAUCUUUUUUUAA